GAGAGAGAGAGAGAGAGAGAGAGAGCAUCACUACACUUCAUUGUCAUCAUUGUCCAUCACAGCACUGGACGCAUGUGUGUGGAAUAUAUAUUUCGCUGUUUUAUUUCACCGUGACUUUCCCGAGCUCGUCACCUGAUAGACUUCUUCUCUAUGUUUACUUCUAACUUGAAAAAACUGUUGUUUUUUUGUGGGGGGGGUGAUGAUAUUCCCCUUUAUCACUUCACCGCCACUGAAACGGACAGCACUGACCAGCUCAGGCACGCGCGCGUAGGUAGGGAUGCACCUGUGAAGUAGCCACAUGAAUCGUGACGCUGAGGAACUGCGUUAUUAACGUGGUGGGGCUUUUCUUCUUCCCUCUCUUUCUCCCUCCACGUCUUCCCUUCUCCGCAGUGUGUGUGUGUGUGUGUAACAAGGACCUGCUUGUCGCUCGGUUUAGCCAAAACACACACACACACACACACAGGAGUGAGAACUGCGAUGGUGUGAGGUGAGUGUCAGGAGGAGAAAGGCGAAGGAAAAUGGACCCUGAUACACAAAUUCACCGAGCCUGACUGACAGAACUUUUCAUCAUUUCGACGCUUAUUUUGCGUCACACUCCGUCCAUUUAUCCUUUUACCUAUAACCACAGAUUUUAUUCAUUUCAAUAAAAAAAAAAAUCAGGCAUUUAUCCGAUAUAUCUUAACAUAUCAGCCUGACGACACACGAGCGCGCGCGUGCCAACGUGAUUCCACCGCGAGUUACCUGAGAGGAAAAGGGCGGGAAGCGCGCGCUGGAUUGAAAAGAAGAAGAAGAAGAAACGGUCACUCAUUUCUCUCGCGCAGCAAACAAUCCAUCAACUUUAGCCAUGGGGUGAAGAGGAGAAGUAAAUCACUACUUAAAUGGAUAUCUGUGAUGAAGAGGGCAGCCCAUUUGUUUUCACCCUGCCUCUGUAUGUUUGUUUGUCAAGGACAGUGUAUCCUGAGAUGUGAAAGCCUCUCUUGACUCAUGUGCAUUCAAAGUGAAGACCUGAGUCUCCAAAAUGCCUUAAGGCACUUACAAUGACCUGGACUGUAACAGUAGUCAGUUUAGUUCAACAUUCAUAGUUUGCUCCUGACUCCUUUAUCACUCCUUUAUUUUAUUAACACCCCCCCCCACUUGACUAAUUCAGUGGGGGGGGACUCAGAAUUACACUUUUUAGGAGUGACCUUGCUUCUGGCGCAGAGUCAUGGAGUCAAACCCAGACAGCCCGAGCCGGGCUGUGGAGUACCUCCUGGAGCUCAAUAAUAUAAUCGAGAACCAGGCCAAGCUCCUGGAGACGCAACGGCGGCGCAUAGAGGAACUCGAGACACAGCUCGACCGAGUCAACCAGGAGAACCAGGACCUCCGCUUGGACAGGAAACCCGGUGCUGACACCACCACGCAGAACCACAAUCACGAACAGAACUCCAAGUCCAGUGGACCGUCGUCUUUGACAAACCACAACGCCGGCGGCGUCCCCCAUAACAGCGGCGCUAACGUACCAUCGUCUACGGUUCCCGGCCCAGCUCGGAGGACCCACACCAGGCUGAGCCGAGGCCUGUCGUGUGGUUCAGCUCCUGUGGAGAAGGAGAGAGGGAGGCUGGAGAGGAACGACAGCACUGGAACCAACAGCACAUCUACUCUCCGGAGACAUGUUGAUGACGAGACCCGGGCCUCAGAGUCAAAUCCCUUUUCAGACAGCAGUAAAACUCCUUAUCAGCAUCGUUCUGACUGCUACCGGGAAGGAAGCUGUGGCCCCCCAGGCCCUCGGGGGCCAGUUGUGGGCCCCCCAAGCCCAGUUUGCCUCACCUGGGCUCAGCACACCCGUAACCAGCCGGCUAGUUUGGCUUUACGCAAACAGGAGGAGGAGGAGAACAAGCGGUGCAAAGCUCUGUCUGACAGCUAUGAGCUCUCAACUGACCUCCAGGACAAGAAGGUGGAGAUGCUGGAGAGGAAAUACGGUGGCUACUUCCUGAGCAGACGAGCAGCACGCACCAUCCAGACUGCCUUCCGCCAGUAUCGCAUGAACAAGAAUUUCGAGCGCCUACGCAGCUCAGCUUCUGAGAGCCGCAUGACACGGCGCAUCAUCCUGUCCAACAUGCGUAUGCAGUACUCAUUUGAUGACCGCCAGCCUCAACCACAGCCUCAGAGCUGCCACAGCCCUGGCAUGGGCCCUCCACAUUCACCUGACCUGGAGCCUGAUUCACCUGCCCAACCAGAAUAUACUCAUUUAGAGGACUCCUUCUCUAAACAGGUGAAGUCCCUGGCUGAUUCCAUUGACGAUGCACUAGCAUGCCGUCCAGGUAGAGAGGAUUCACAGGACGGCCUCGGGGACAGUGGAGCUGUAGAUGACUUUGGUGAGUGCAUCUGGAGCAGCAACAGUCAUCCAUCUCUCCGUCGGGGACUGGCUGAGCGGGAGCGAGGCGGCACAGGAGGUGGUCUGAGCAUGCACGAGGAUAGCACGGCCACGUCAUACAGCGACGUCACACUCUACAUGGACGACGGUUUGCCCUCAUCACCACUCUCUCUGGACCGGGCACCAAGCAGUACAGACACUGAAUUCUGGGGGGGUAUGACCAGUGGGGUUGGUGGGCGAGAAGACAGCCGGGACACAGAGGGUGGUGGCAGCAGCAACAGCCGGCGCAGCACUCCUUGUACAGAGUGCAGAGAUUACCGGCUCCGGGGGGCACAUUUGCCUCUACUCACAAUCGAGCCACCCAGCGACAGCUCAGUGGACAUGAGCGACCGAUCAGAUCGCGGUUCCCUUGGCCGGCAGCUGGUGUAUGAACAGGACUCAAGUGGGGGUUCCCCUCAGGGCACGCUAAAGCACAAUCCCAAUGCCAAAGCGCAAGGCCAAGCACGUCCAGCUAGCCGCCCAAUAGCAGCGCACAUCCCGCACCAUGUGACUCAUCACCACCACCAUCAUCACCACCAUCAUCAUCACCAGUAUCCUGACACUCCAUCGUCUUCCUCAUCACCACAGCAGCCCCCCACUACGCCGCUUUCAUCCUCAUCUUCUGCACAGCUGCCUUCCGGUGGCUUGGAUCAGCAGUGCUGCUCAGAUGGUGAUAAUGACUCACUAAACUCCACCACAAACUCCAACGAAACCAUUAACUGCAGCUCUGGCUCAUCAUCCAGAGACAGCCUGCGUGAACCACUGCCACCUCUGGGCAAGCAGACAUACCAGAGGGAGAGCCGCCACAGCUGGGACUCUCCUGCUUUCAACAAUGAUGUGGCGCAGAGAAGACAGUAUCGCAUCGGACUCAACCUCUUCAACAAGAAACCAGAGAAGGGCAUUCAGUACCUGAUAGAGCGUGGCUUUGUGUCAGACACACCCGUUGGCAUUGCCCGCUUUAUUCUAGAGAGGAAGGGCCUGAGCCGACAGAUGAUCGGGGAGUUUCUGGGCAACCGACAGAAGCAGUUCAACAAGGAUGUACUCGAUUGUGUGGUUGACGAGAUGGACUUCUCAGGAAUGGAUCUAGAUGAUGCUCUGAGGAAGUUUCAAGCCCAAAUCAAGGUGCAAGGAGAGGCCCAGAAAGUGGAACGACUUAUCGAGGCUUUCAGUCAGAGGUACUGUGUGUGUAACCCUGCACUGGUGCGCCAGUUCCAAAAUCCUGACACUAUCUUCAUCCUGGCUUUUGCCAUCAUCCUCCUCAACACAGACAUGUACAGCCCAAGUGUCAAACCAGACAGGAAGAUGAAGCUGGAUGACUUUAUUAAGAACCUGCGAGGAGUAGAUAAUGGGCAGGAUAUCCCACGUGACCUGCUGGUGGGGAUCUACCAGCGCAUUCAGAAGUGGGAACUAAGAACCAAUGAUGACCAUGUCUCCCAGGUCCAGGCUGUGGAGAGAGUUAUCGUGGGCAAGAAACCGGUCCUGUCUCUUCCACACCGCAGGCUGGUGUGCUGCUGCCAGCUUUACGAGGUGCCUGACCCCAACCGACCACAGCGCACCGGUGUACAUCAGAGAGAGGUGUUCCUCUUCAACGACCUGUUGGUGGUAACAAAGAUCUUCCAGAAGAAGAAAACGUCUGUCACAUACAGUUUCCGGCAGUCAUUUCCUCUGGUGGAGAUGCAAGUCCAUAUGUUCCAAAACUCCUACUACCCUCAUGGCGUCAGGCUAACUUCAGCAAUCCCAGGUGGUGAGCGUAAGGUGCUAAUUGUGUUCAAUGCACCGAGUCAGCAGGACCGCACGCGAUUUGUCAGUGACCUGAGGGAGAGCAUUGCAGAGGUGCAGGAGAUGGAGAAAUACAGAGUUGAAUCGGAGCUUGAGAAGCAAAAAGGUGUGAUGCGGCCCAGUCUUCUUAACAGCAGUGUGGUGGGUGGAGGUGUGGGCGGAGUCAAGAACGAAGUAGUGAAUGGCAGCAUUGGGAGAUCUAGUCUGGAUGACAAUUAUUCACCCAGUGAAGGCCUGAAACGCACUGCUCUCAGCUCCUCGCUUAGGGACCUGUCUGAUUCAGGGAAACGAGGUCGCAGAAACAGCGUUGGUUCCCUUGACAGUACAAUGGAAGUAAGUCUGAGUGGAGCAGAGCAGUCCACAGCCUCACCAGCGUUACCCAGUAGCCACUGUGCUAUCGAGCUGCUAUGGAACCGAAGACUACCGGCCUCACCGCCCCAUCCUGAGCCCCGGAGUGGGGGUGGGGGGUGGGCCGGGGCAGCAACACACCACGGCACCCGCGCCUCCUGGCACUGUGCCUCCAGCCUCCAGCAGCAGCAGCAGCAGCGAGAGAGGUGCCACCACUGGGACAACAACCAGCGCCACGUCGUUCCUGGGAUCGCUGUUUGGGACGAAACGGGCCAAAGCACCAGGCCCCAUCAUCCCGCCGGGGCCACCCUACCCCGCCCCUACGGUGCCAGCACCACCACCGCCUCUUUCCCCUUUGCCCCUAUGCCCUCAAGAGUCCACUGGCACGUCCAAGAUCCAGUACUGCCACACUAUGGGUGCGGGCAUGGCUGGGCACCCCCCGCCACCAUACUGCCACCCGCACCAACGCUGCCAACACGGUGGUCCUCAACGGCAACAUGCCAUUCUACAGCGGGUCACGCUACCACGCCGACCAACCCACAACUCCUCCCCCUAUCUGCCACCGCUUUCCCAACAUGCUCUUCAAGCUCGCUUCGGGAAUUCGGGCAAUGGGGGCUCGACGUGCGUGCCGCCUCUCCCCCUUUCUCCUCACUCCCCACUAUCCCAACACCCGCCGUUUGCCCUCUGCCACGCACAGCUCACACACUCGGCCAGAGGGGGCGCCGUUGUGGGCAAAACCCCACUAACACUAUCACACUCACAACCACACCCGCACCAACACGCACACUCCCACGGGCAUACGUCGCACCCUGCUCAUCCACCACACUUCGUGUUCGCCAGCCCGCCGCCGCCGUUCCCAGCGCCCACUCCGCCACCCCUGCCACCCUCCGCUCCACCCGCCGCGGCCCAGCACGCGUCGCCGGCCGCCCCGUAUCCGCCCCCGUAUCCUCCGCUUUCCUCCAUCCCACCUCCCCCCCUCCACUCCCCUUUACCCCCCCCCUCCCUCCCCCUUACCCCUCUUACGCCUCUCUCCCCUCUCCCCCCCCCAUCGCACCCCGCCCCGCCACCGCCACAGGUCACGGCACCAUCGCCAGGUCAGACUGGCACGGUCGACCGGCCCAAAUCCAAGCCAGCCAGCCGGAUCAGCACGGUAGUAUGAGCAGGGGCAAGGGAAAGGUGCGCUCCUGGGGCUCACUACGAGGUCCCCUGGUGGUGGGAGGAGGAACAGCGGAGAGAUUGGAAGACAUGGGAGGAGGAAGCCGGACCAGGACGGAGGGCAGCAAGAAGAAACGCAACCUACUGAGACUCUGUUACUUUCAUUUGCGCUUCCCACAAGUAUAGAUGGAGACAGGACAUGGGGGCAGACAAUGUGCAUAUACACGAUAAGCACGUUUAGAAAUACACUUCACGUGUAAAACAGGGUCCGUCAUCAUACAGCGGAUUACAGAAAAUCAAAUCUCAGAAAUGAUGAAAAGAAGCACAACUGACUUUAACUGAAAAUGUCUAAGUUGCAGACUCAUUGACAAGCAGUUAACUUCUUUGUUUGAUUCUCUUUCUUCAAUUCUACCACAACGAUUUAGCCAUAGCACAUAACAAAAAUAAAAAUGCAAGCAGGUAUUAAACAUAUGGGCAUGUAUACACGUAAUUGCACACAAACCCUGACUAACUAGGUAUACACAGGGAGCGAAUAAUCUGCCUAUAGCCAUAAGAGAAUGUAUUCUAAAAGUCAGAAACAUGAAGAGCUUGUCUCAGUCUGUAUAUUAACAGAGGAAUGGAAGCAGACCCUGUAGAUCAGGGUGGCCUACGACGAACGAGUCUUUUCUUUUUUCCUCCACUGGAUAUACGGCAUAAAUCCAUUCUUUACGAAAGAACGAGCGUGUUUUAAGCUCUAGCUUUGAAAACACAGGAAAUAUACGCAAUAAUCAGUUACAAUAAGCAUUAAUUAUUUGAUGUUCAGCUUGUAGUGAGUCUUGCUCUUCUCCUGUACAAAGAUCGUCUUACAAGAGAGGCAUGUUUAAAGAGCAUACUAAUAAGGAAUAUGACUAAUUCACCAUUUUCAAUGUUGCCAGUCAGAUAUAAAGCUUCAUCGAUUUUUUUAGAGAUCUGACCUUAAACAAAUUGUCAGUUGUCUGAGUUAGAGAAGUGCUUAUUUUGGCCCCUAGUGCUGACCCCUACACUAACCUCUACUCUUAUUUUUGAAAAUUGCACCUUCAUUCCAAAAGUAUUACCAUCUUUGUAUGCCUGCUAUUAAAUCAGUAUUCUAAAGGGCUUGAUUUUCACUCGAUUACCUUGAUAAGAUAAAGAUAUGAGUGUAAUUAUAUAACUUUUCACUGCCAAAGGUUGUUCAUUGCUCAAGAACCUGCUAUCGGUUGUCAAGAAUAGUAAUAUCAAUCAAUAGAAUAACAACUUUGCUGGACGAUCCGUUAUCUAGGCAGUUGGCUAGAGGUGGUACUAUCUUUUGCACUUCGGGUGUGCUUCAAACAAACCCUAAACUGCCAGUCACGUUUAGGAUGCAUAAAAAUACUACAUGAAAUUCUUGAAGUUCUGUAACAAUGAACUGUCUGUACAACUUAUUGUUUGAUAAUAAAUAAUAAGAAAUGGGUAUUCCAUGGCUAGCAGAUCAAGCUAGUCGAAAGUCUGUGAAACAAUCGCAGUUUAACAUUGGACAUUGGAAUUUCAGUGAGCUUCUUGAUUCACCGCUACAAUACCACGUCUGUGGAAAUAACGGCUGACUGAAUCAAUCCGGUCGAGGAACUUGUGAUGGGUAGUCACUGUCAUCUGAAAGAAAUGCUCCAGGAGGCACUGCAGCUGCUCUCACUGUUCCUUUCCCUUUUAGUCUUUGCCUAAAUGAAAUGCCUGUACGUCGUAGUGCAAAUCAGAUGCAUUCCACAAGGUUGUAUUGAUGCUUUCAUCAUAUUGCAGGUUGUUUUUCCUUUGUUUACUAUGGAUCUUAUUUGUUUUGUUGAUUAUUACGAUUAUUAUUAGUAGUAUUUAUGUUAUGAAAUGAUACAUACACUAUAAAUACAGCAAAGUAAUAAAUAAAUAAAUUAAUAUAUAUAUAUAUAUCCAUAAUGUACAUAAAUCCACUCAUAGUUAGCCUGAGAGGGUUCUGGAGAAAAUGUGAUUGGUGGAUUUUAUGGACAAUAACACUUUACGAGUGUUUACUGAAUGUUGAAGACUUUGUUCUGGUAUUUAUUCAUCCUUUUUCUUUUUCUUUUUCUUUUCUUUUUUAAGUGUGUGCAAUACAGAAUUUGCUUCACAGUAAGCCUUUUUAAUCGAAGGGUUUUGUUCCAUUUUCUUUUUAGUAGAAAUAUAAAUAUGUUCCUUUUUAUUAUCAAAGGUAUUUAAGUUCUUGAUCAUCAGUUUAGCGUGUACGUGCACAGUGUACAUGAGGUGCUCCAUUGCAGCAGGUCAAUAAGAAACAUGGAUUCACAAAAAGGUUUAAACAAAUGGAACCAGUCAAAGGAUUUACCAUUUUUCUCCCACUGCAUAUCCCAUCCUCUUGCAUGACUGCAGUACUUACUGAAUGAAGAGUGUUCUAUAAACAGAUUUGUACAUAAUAUAGCCUAUUAUAAUAUGAUCUAAUGUUGUUUAUGGAACAGGCAAAACUAUUAUUCAGGUUUGAUUGUGUACGUGUGAAUGUGACGCCUGUGUGAGAGUAUAUCAUUCAGUGUAGGUGAAUAUUGCAUAUUUAUUUUGUAAGCCUAUACUCACGUAGGCCUGUAUGUCACAACCAAGCUGAAUGUUCUUUUAGAAAUCUAUGAAAUAUGAAGACAUCACAUUUGUGUACAGAACGUGUGCAACAGAUUACAGAGAGAUGUGAAUAUUUAUUGCUUCUAAACUAUUAUAAAGUGUCCUUGCAGUGGAUAAAAC